AUGGGAAUAUCCCAAGUGGUGAGUCGUUGUGCGGCAGUUCUGCUGGGCCAAAAGUUUUUCAAGGAAGAAUUCGGCCACUACUGCAGUGAAUUCUGGCUACCAGAUACGUUUGGCUACUCGGCUCAACUGCCUCAGAUCAUGGUUGGCUCUGGCAUCAACUACUUCCUCUCUCAGAAACUGAGUUGGAGCCUCACCAACAAGUUCCCUCACCACACGUUUCUAUGGGAAGGCAUUGACGGAACUUGUUGUCUGGUCCACUUCCCACCAGCAGAUACAUAUGAAUCUUGUGCAGAUGUGAAAGAUGUCUUGAAGACUGUGUCUCAGUUUAGAGACAAGGGAAGGAGUAGGCAGAGCAUCCUCCUCUAUGGACAUGGAGAUGGCGGAGGAGGACCAACGGAGGACAUGCUGCAGAAUUUGAAGAGAAUGGAGGAUGUAGAUGGACUACCAAAGGUGCUAAUGUCCAGUCCCCAGCAGUUUUUCAGUAGCUUAACGAGUGAAAAGGACAGGCUGUGCAAAUGGGUUGGUGAGCUCUAUCUGGAGUUACAUCGUGGCACAUACACUACACAAGCUAAGGUUCAUCCUACAGCCUUGGUUGAUUGUGUUCCUUUUGGGUUUCAAGCCCUGGAGAUCUGCCAGCCACAGGCUCCAGUCACACUCGCUGAGGGGCCAGAUGGGGAUAUAAUCAUACUGGAAAAUGUGCACCUGAGAGCCACACUGAAGACUGGAGUCCUAACUUCACUAGAGCCACUGUCAGUGCCCGGUGGAGGUGUGAGUGUUCUAGAACGUGGUCCUCUCAGAGCCUCUGUCCAGGUGAAGGUUCCCAUCAGUUCACACAGUCACAUCUUGCAGCAUAUCAUUCUGGAUGCCGACUGUCCGUACCUACGAUUUGAGACCAACGUUGAGUGGCAUGAGAACCGCAAGUUCUUGAAGAUAGAGUUUCCUCUGAACGUUCGCAGCCACGAGGCCACCUAUGAAAUUCAGUUUGGACACCUGCAAAGGCCCACUCACUUCAACACCUCGUGGGAUCAGGCUCGCUUUGAAGUUUGCGCCCAGAAAUGGGCUGACUUGUCAGAGCAUGGGUUUGGAGUGGCCGUACUGAAUGACUGCAAGUACGGCCACUCUACACUGGGCAACAUCAUGAGGCUCUCCUUGUUGCGAGCCCCCAAAGCUCCAGAUGCUACAGCCGAUAUGGGCACCCAUCAUUUCACCUAUGCCAUUAUGCCACACCAUGGGGCAUUUCAAGAAGCUGGAGUUAUACAUGAGAGCUACAAUCUGAACCACCCUCUUUCGGUUACCAGCUCCACACUUUUUGGUGAUCCAGUGUCAUUUUUCACCACUGACAAUCCAGCAAUAAUCCUGGAGACAGUGAAAACAGUGGAGUUAGUAAGCUCUACUAAGGCUAUUGUAGUAAGGCUGUAUGAGGCCUUUGGGAGUCAGACAAGUACCACUCUCACUAGCACACUGCCCUUCAAAGCUUCUCAGAGGUGCAAUUUGCUGGAGGACGGCACAGGAGCAUUGGAGGCCUGGUCUGGGGAACUCAGCAUCGACUUUGAACCCUUUAAAAUUGUGAAUAUUCUUCUCUACUUUUAAUCAGUUUGGAGACAUUAAAUUGGCAUUUUGACAAAGGUUACAAUUGAAAAAUAGUCAGCGUAAGAGUCCGCAAAAAGUGGAGGAACAGAGAAUAUUCUAGAAUUUCCCCAAUGAAUAGAACUUUCUCUUCUUCACCAUGCAAUGUAU